AUUGAAAUUUUAGGAUACGGAAGGUUUCAUUACGGUUUGAUGUUCCUCUGCGGUAUGAUGUUCCUUUCCGUAGGUUUUCAAAAUGGAAUAAGUGCUUAUAUCCUACCAUCGGCACAAUGCGAUUUGAAAUUGUCUUCCGAAGAUAAAGGUCUCUUAAACGUUGCUUUUCUCAUAGGUGGAGUCAUCAGUUCACUCGUAUGGGGUAUUUUCGCGGACGCUUAUGGUAGAAGGAACGUUUUAUUAUUGACACUUAUCAGUGACAGUAUUAUAUCAAUUAUUUCGAGUUUCUCACAAAGUUUCAGCACUUUACUGAUAUUUCGUAUUAUGAACGGAUUCACAAUUGGUGCACCGGGAUCAUUGAUCUACACUUAUUUAGGUGAAUUUCAUCCGGAAAAAUAUCGAGCUAAAAGUAUUUGUUACGUUAGCUUUUUCUGGACACUUUCUUGGCUGAUAUUACCUGGUUUAGCUUGGGUAAUCAUACCUUUAUCAAUUUCCAUCGAGUUCAAUGGUAUUUCUUAUAAUUCAUGGAGACUUUUAUUAGCAACGAUUAGUCUGCCAACAUUUUUGGUAGCUAUGGUUACCUUGACUUAUCCAGAAAGUCCGAAAUUUUUAACAUCCCGAGGACAAACGGACGAAGCAUUGAGAAUUUUACGAAAAAUUUAUGUCAUUAAUACCGGUAGAAAAGAAGAUGAUUAUCCGGUAAGAGAGAAAGAAAGAAAAAUGAUACAGGUGAAAGUUCUUUUGUCCGAUAAUAUAGUUAAUGCAAGAAAAGAGGGAUCAUCCUUAUCGGCCAUAAACACGUUUAUGGUAUUAUUGAAAAAUGUAUGGUUUCAAAUGAAAUUUAUCACAUCUAUGCCAUUAUUAAAAUACGCCAUACUUAUUUGGACUAUAUUUUUCACCAAUAUGUUUGGGUAUUACGGAUUAGGUCUAUGGCUUCCUGAGCUUUUCAAUCGAUUUGAAAUUCACCAAAACCUUCAUCCAAACGCAAGCAUACCCGUUUGCGAUUUAAUAAGAAAUAUGGAAAUAUUAAAUCAAACGACUAUGAAACCAACAACGUUGAACGAAUCGGUUAUCUUAUUUCCAUUGAUGAAUGAGACUGAAGAAUGUGUUAGCACUAUGGAUAAGAAGGUCUUUAUUAAUGCGUUAACGAUCAAUGCUGUUUGUUUGCUAGGCAAUAUAGCAUCUGGUUACUUCGUAAAUCGAGUGGGUCGUAGAACGAUACCAGUAACAACGAUGUUGGUGGCCGGAAUAUUUGGUUUGGCAACAUAUUUCGUUAAAUCGUCCUUGCAAAUACUCGUCGUCACUUGUAUAUUUUCACUGGCAAUAGCAACUGCGAAUUUUGUAAUAGGAAGCAUAGUAGUCGAUAUAUUUCCAACGCAUGUUGGUGCGAUAGCUAUCUGCAUGAUGACAUGCUUCGGCAGGCUUGGUGCCAUCGCGAGUAAUUUGGCCUUUGGUAUGCUGCUCGAUAUCAGUUGCGAGGUACCAAUAUUUUUGGUGGGAAGCGUUGUUAUCGUCGGAGGCUUCCUUGGAUUAUUACUGCCAUUGAAAAAUAGUUGAGGAUCAUUUCGACAAACGUGAACAACAAUUUAAAAAAACGUUCGUCUUAAUCAUAUGUUUUUUUUUUUUCUCUCUCUCUUCUAUAGAUAUUUUUUAUCAAUCGUCAAUUUCUCGUAAUCUGCAAUGCUAGUCUCGUAGUUGUUUAAAAUUGAUUUUUAUUAUGAGGGCUAUCGUUAUGGAUCGGGAGAUCCUUAAAAUAAUUUUAUUUAUUGAAAGUAGGCUGUAUAUACAAUACAUAGUAUGGAAAGUAUAUGAAUAAUGCAAUAAGAACGGUAACAUUUAACUUUCGCUUAAAAGGAAAUGAAAUUUUUGUUCUUA